UCCUACUCGAGCACGGUGUCAUUGAGGCCUCGAGUAAUGAACCAUUUUUGUGAACACUGUGUGGAAGCUUCAACAAGGCCUCAUCGGCCAUCACUACAAACGGGAGGUCAGAGAGGGAAGUCCGAGAGGGAAGUCCGAUAAUCCAUACACAGAAAGCAGUCCGAACCAGGAGGGCAAGGCAGAAUACAAUGGUCAAAAAACAGUAAUCCAGGAUCAGAAACUAGAGAGUCAGGCAAAGAUUAAAUACUGGAAAGUCAGAGCUUGAGUCUAGAACAAUCUGGCAGCAUUCUAGUGAGGAAACACUGCUUUUAUGCUGUUGAACAUAGGUGUGAGUAAUCAGAAGCAGGUGAACCCAAUGAACACUGAUUAAACUAAGGAGUCACUGAGUAACUGAGAUGCAACUAAAAGGAAGCGGUGGCAAAAUAAAAGCACGCGACAGGAAGCAGACGGGACAGAAUCGUGACAACGCUACAUUAUGAUCAUUUUCUACGAGGACAGGAACUUCCAGGGUCGCUCCUAUGAGACCAGCAGCGACUGUGCUGAGCUGACCUCCUACCUGAGCCGCUGCAGCUCCUGCAGGGUGGAGAGCGGCUGCUUCAUGGUCUACGAACGUUCAAACUACAUGGGCCACCAGAUGCUUGUGAAAAGGGGAGAGUACCCCGACAACCAGCGCCUGAUGGGAAUGAGCAUGAGUGACUGCAUACGGUCCUGCCGCAUGAUCCCGAUGCACAGAGGUCCGUUCAGGAUGAGGAUCUACGAGAGGGAGAACUUCGGAGGUCAGAUGUAUGAGCUGAUGGACGACUGUGACUCCAUCAUGGACCGCUACCGUAUGUCCAACUGCAUGUCCUGCCACGUGAUGGACGGCCACUGGCUGAUGUACGAGCAGCCGCACUACAGAGGCAGGAUGAUGUACCUGAGGCCCGGAGAGUACAGGAGCAUGAGAGACAUGGGAAUGGGUCCCAUGGACAUGAGGAUUGGGUCCAUUAGACGUAUCAUGGAGCCUUGUUAGACAAAACAAGCUCAAGACCUAAACGUGUAAUCAAUAAAUAUUAAUAAACUGUUCAUAUCUA